AAUACGCUCUCAGUACACUGUAAACGAAUUCAUAGGAGAUAUCAAAAUCAUAACAAGAUUCCAGCAAAAUGUGGUCGUAUUUAUUGUUCUUUCUAACAUUUCACGGUAUUCAAUGUGAACCGGAAACAGUGAGAGAUAACUUCGAUUACUUUAGCUUUGGAAAUGAAGAAAAUAUAUUGAAAAAUCUCGAUCUUCAUGCGCCAAAAGACGAAAUCGUGUUACGACCGCAGGAAGUAAAGGACUGGCCCCAACAGUCACUGAAUGUAGGACAAAUAACUGCUGUCUCAAUAAAUUCCUUGGGACAACCAGUAAUUUUCCACAGAGCCGAAAGAGUGUGGGACGAAAGUACUUUCAACGAAUCAAAUGUUUAUCAGAAUCUCGAUAAGGGACCAAUUAUAGAAGACACCAUAUUAGUACUCGAUCCCCAAACGGGAUCAGUGCUACACAGCUGGGGAGCUUAUGCUUUCUACAUGCCUCAUGGUUUAACUGUAGACCAUCACGAUAAUGUUUGGGUCACCGAUGUGGCGAAACAUCAAGUUUUUAAGUUUACACCAAAUAACCACAAAUACCCAAUACUGACAAUCGGUGAGGCCUUUACAGCUGGUUAUCCAUACAGACGUCGCGUCUUGCUCUGCAUGCCAACAUCAGUGGCAGUUGCAACUACAGGCGAGAUAUUCGUUGCCGAUGGAUAUUGUAACAACCAGAUUCUGAAGUUUAAUGCAGCUGGCACACUGCUGUUCGCCAUUCCUUCAUUCUCAGACACACUGACCUUGAAUGUACCUCACAGUGUAACAUUAUUGGAACAAUUGGAUAUAGUAUGUGUGGCAGAUCGAGAGAAUAUGAGAAUCGUCUGCCCCAAAGCGGGUUUGAAGAGUUAUAUCAAAAUGUUGGAACCGGCGACUGUUAUUGAAGAUCCGACGUUAGGACGCGUGUUUGCUGUCGCGUCUCACGGAGACAUGAUUUACGCUGUUAAUGGACCGACUUCACAGAACAUUGCGAUCAGAGGAUUCACCGUGAAUGCCUUGUACGGAAAUAUUUUAGAUACCUGGGAACCCAGUACCGGCUUUACAAACCCUCAUUCCUUAGCAGUAACGAGAAAUGGAUCUCAUCUCUACGUCACAGAAAUAGGCCCGAACAAGAUAUGGAAAUUCGAAUUAACCGAUGUAUAUGACAAAAAAUAGAUUGUUUAAAGUCACGUAGUCAUUUAUUAAGAUAUAUUUACCGCUUUAAAAAGAGAAUCAAAUUCGCAAUGUAGACACUUACCGAUAUAGAUAAUAUAUUAAUAAUUAUACGUAAAAUUUUAAACGAAUGAUAAAGUUCUAAUGGUGUAUAAUUGUAUUGAAUUAUUAAUAAUUGAUAUAUUAUAAACUAUGAAAGUUAAUACGAUUUAACUAUUAUCGUAGGAGUAAAGAGAUCUAUUGUUAUGAUUAUUAUAUUCUAAGAAAAGGCAUGGCUUUGGUGUUAUAAUUAAUCUAUCUUUAUUUAUCUAGCGGCCAUCUUUGAUCGUAAGGUAAUUGCGUUUAGUACAAAACCGCUAUUUGAUGUUAAACCUGAAUUGCUUAUUCCUAGAAAUGACAGAUCAAUAUACGUCUUAUUGCGGUUAACUCGUAAUCGAGGUUGCCUCAAAAUCGAUUAAUCGUAAACAUUUUGAGCCAAUCGGGAUUAUUAUCAUCAAUUGUAUUACGUAUUCAUGAUUAACUAUUAAUUUCGUUUUUAUUUAUACAACAGUUAGUAAUAUAAUUUUAGUAAAUCUCUGACUGAAGUACAAAUGGUACUUAUAAAUUUUAAUAAUACAAGCUAGAUAUGUACUUAAUUUGU